AUGAUUUGGAUCGAUCAGCCCACAGGCGUGCGGUUCUCAUUUAGCGGGGGCCACGACGACCACAUCGAAGUGGACGUCGGCCGCAACGUUUACGAAUUUCUCCUAGGGUUUUUCCAGGCACAUCCAAAACUCCAGGCGAAUCCGUUUUACAUUGCCGGGCAGAGUUACGGGGGCCAAUACAUGCCUGCAGUCGCGGCGUACAUCCUUCAGUCCCAAGACGCCAACACCACUGCGAUUCGAAUCAAUUUACAGGACAUUACGAUUGGCGACGGACUCACAGAUACGGUCACCCAGUACCCCCUCCUUGUCAACAUGGCGGUUGAGAACUCGUACAACAUCACGCUAGUGUCCCCCGCUCAACUCGAGAAAAUGCAAAACGAUGCCGUGCACUUAGCAGCUCUUGUGGCCCAAUGUUAA